AUGGAGUCUCUUUACGCCCCCACAAGCAUCUCUGCCUUUCGAUUUGCACCAGUCUCGUCUUAUGAAGUCACCGACUGGGUCUGUGACAACUCGGCGUUGGUUGAGUCUUCUGUUUCUCGGAGUUCAUUGUCACGGCUGGAAAUGACGAAGCCGACUGUUUCGAAGCUGCAACGAGCUAAAAAGCAGUGGAAGGAUUCCGAGAGGAUAGUUGCUGUUUUGAAAGCACGCGAAAUGGGUCUUACAAAAGCAACACACUUCCUUAAAGAAAAUUACCCGGCAGUCUUCUCGAAAUUGUCUGCGUCGACACUCCAGUACUGGCUCAAAAUGGCAAACAAAAUAUAA